UAUGAAAAAAAAAAUCUCGACCACUCCUUGUUAUUACCCUUGUUAUAUAACCAUGUUUCACCCAUAAAAUCCCCAAAAAAUCCAGCUGUGGCCAUUCACAGCUAUAUCUUGACAGUCAGUGAUACAUGCUACAUGGAGUUUUUGGAUCGACACAAAGUAAGUACGCGAUAAUUCAUUCAUUCAUUCAUUUUCCAUGCCGCUUUUCCUCACGAGGGUCACGGCGUCUGUAAUUCUGUUCUCGCGUGCUCUCACCUCCAGUUAGGGUUAUGCUGUUUUAAAAAAAUAUAUUUUAAAAAAAAAAUGCCCUUCUGCUCAAAAUUUUUCUUCCUCCAGAAAAUUGAGAUUUUAGGCUUUCCAAUGAUGUACCACACAUGCAUAUCGGACAAUUUUGAAAGUUGGCUAAAGUGGGGGUCUCAGAGCGGAACUUCAAGUCACCUGAGUGUUUUCCGCCAUAUAUGUAUUUAGAGAAAUGGUUUUUAAGCACUUCAAAUGUAAUAAUUAUAAAUUUUAAACAUGUUACUGUCCCACCGAACUAUUUUUAAACAAGAAUAAAAUAGGGCUGUCAAAAUUAUCGCGUUAACGAGCGGUAAUCAUUUUUUAAAAAUUAAUCACGUUAAAAUAUUUGACGCAUUUUACACACAUGCCCCGCUCAAACAGAUUAAAAUGACAGCACAGUGUCAUGUCCAUUUGUUACUUGUGAUUUUUGGUGUUUUUUCGCCCUCUGCUGGCGCUUGGGUGCGACUGAUUUUAUGGGUUUCGGCACCAUGAGCAUUGUGUAAUUAUUGACAUCAACAAUGGCGAGCUACUAGUUUAUUUUUUGUUUAAAAAUUUUACAAAUUUUAUUAAAACGAAAACAUUAAAAAAGGUUUUAAUAUAAAAUUUCUAUAACUUGUACUAACAUUUAUCUUUUAAGAACUACAAGUCUUUCUAUCCAUGGAUCACUUUAACAGAUUGUUAAUAAUGUUAAUGCCAUCUUGUUGAUUUAUUGUUAUAAUAAACAAAUACAAUACUUAUGUACAGUAUGUUGAAUGUAUAUAUCCGUCUUGUGUCUUUCCAUUCCAACAAUAAUUUACAUAAAAAUAUGGCAUUUUAUAGAUGGUUUGAAUUGCAAUUAAUUACGAUCAAUUAAUUUUUAAGCUGUGAUUAACUCGAUUAAAACAUUUAAUUGUUUGACAGCCCUUGAAUAAACUAGAAAAUGUUUGUCUUCAUUAAAUGCUUAAUUGACUGAGUCCACUCAAAUCCGUUCAAGCUGCUCACCUACACACAAUAAGUUGCCACAGCAACUGUUUAACAAGUUAAACGAUGACUGACGAAUGCUGCGCUUUGAAGUUUCGGCUUCAAAGCAUCUCUGGCAAGAUCAAACCUUAAAGUCAAUCAUUCAUCGUUAACUGAAAGCGACUCACCAACUGCCUGACCAAGGAAAGCAGCAGGAACGAGAGUGAGAGACUACGUGAUCAGAUCGGGACAGCUCUAUAAAAUACUGCAUUUAUUUCUUUAUUUGAAAAAUAAUCCACGAUGGACUGAGGGCACGAAGUUUGAAGUGCGAAGUAGCAAGGAAUCAUUGUAUUUAUCUUAUCCUGUAUUUGUUUUUGUUUUUUUUUUUCAUAGAAACUAGUAUAACUUUGAUCCUAUUGUGUCUUUCAUUCUUUUAAACACUUUAUAAGCAAGUGACUAUAAAAGCACCAUGGAUUCAGAGCAGUAUAAGGUAGAACCACACUACAUAGACGGCAGCAGCGGUCAUCACUGGCACGCCACAGCAAAAGUGGGCGACUCGGAUUCCAGGGCACGAGAAGGUGACGGCGGCUGGAAGCUCCUGGAAGUGUCGCUUUCCGGGGGUGCGCCGUGGGGGUUCACGCUCCGCGGCGGGCUGGAACAUCGCGAGCCACUGCUUAUCACCAAGGUGGAGGAGGCCAGCAAGGCGGCAGCUGUGGGCCUGCAGGUGGGAGAUGAGCUCGUCAACAUUAACGAGAUUCCCUUGAGCGGCUUCAGGCAGGAGGCAAUCUGCUUGGUGAAAGGCUCCCACCGGACACUCAGCCUCAUAGUGAAAAGGAAUGUGAAAAUGGUGGACAUUGUAGCUCACAAAAUGCCUUCAGAGAAUGACGUGCAUGUGGCCCGAAGCUUCCUUACCAAGAUUUUGCGAAGUUCAAUGAGAAAGAACCAAUUCCUAGGACGCAAUGAACCCAUAAGCAGGCCGCACUCCUGGCACUCCACAAAGUUCAACGAAGGCCAGUCCGAGUCAGCCAAAAGACAACAGUCUCCACCCUCGGCGGUUGUGUGGCACACCACGUACGAUGCGAGUUCCUCAUCAACUGACCUGUCGUCCGGCUGGGAGCAAACAAACCUCUGCAGGGUUUCAGACCAGUACAGCUCUCUGGGCAGCAUGGACAGUUUAGAGCACGUCCCCCACCCGUACCCGGCUGGUCAGCUGUCUCCCGCCAAGUCCAACAACAGCAUGGAGCACCUUGGCGGUGGCAAACGAGACUCUGCCUACAGCUCCUUCUCCACCAGCUCUGGCACGCCAGACUUCACGCUUUCAAAAAGCAACACGGCUUCCACAGAGAAUGUGUUAUACAAAGUAAGCCAGUGGGAUGCUGGAGGGAGGUCCGUUAAUGGCAGGACUGCCCAAAGUCUAACGGAGGGAGUCAAACAGGAUGACAGAUUGACCUACUUUCAGAUGCCAGGAACCUGUGAUGGCCCCCAAACUGACGACCAGGCCGGCUCCCGCCACUCCACAUCGGGCAGAGCGAGUUGCGGACCGGUCUGGCAUGUUCCAGAAAAAAAGAAGACCUCCUCCCCCUCUCCACCACCGCCAACCCCGCCAACACGCAGUGAUAGUUUUGCCGCCACUAAGGAACGAGGGAUCGUCGUAACGCAUCCUGAACCUCCCAGUACGCGUAUCCCGGGAAAGCCUGCUGCUGAAGAUCUCAAUGUCCAGAACCGGUCCCCGAAGCAUGACAGGGCUAGUUUUUACACUCACGGGCAGUUUAGCUCGAACAAGCUGCAUUCCCUUUCCAGCUGUGAUGUCCGGCAAGGUCAUCCUACGCAUCACAGAAACCAUAGCGAUAAAAGCACUUUUCCUGCACAACCGUGGCCCGCAACCGCUCCCAAGCCGCUAAAUGUCGGGGGCUACUUCUCCAGCAUGCAGGAGCUGCCCACUAACGGUUCUUCUCAACCUGUCGGCCAGAACCUUAGGAGGAAUUUAAGCACAUCUCAAGCGAUUGCUCCCAAAGACCCAAACAUUGAGGGAAGUGGGCAUAACCGGUACUACUGUGUAACUACAGCAGGAAAAGCAGAUGACAGGAAAAAUUCUGCUGGCCUCGACUUGAACCAGACAGGAAAUGAGCAGAAUUCUCAACAAGCAAUCACCAAAGCAAAAUAUCACAUUCCUCCACAGCAGCAGUACUCUUCUAAUGGUAGAGAUACUAAUGGAUACAACAAACACCAUGUUACCUCUGUUCUAGACACCUCUCCUAAAGCCACUGAUGACCUCAGAAGCCAGAGGGGACAGAGUUUACAAAAUGAAGAGUCUCUGUACACGAGUUGUCCCCCAAUCAGAUUCUCGGACCAACGGCGGUCACUUCCUCUGCAUCACAAAGAAUUCCCCCAAGAUACAAGGCACCACAGCCAGGCCGGUGACAAGAUCUGCCCUGAGAACACCCCCAUGCUCCAUUCAUUGUCCAUGGACGCAAAGGGCGAGCCCUCAAAAGGUGCGAACUCAGAGAAAACGGAGUCUAAACAGUUACAACGCAGCGACCGUUUUGCCACCGCCUUAAAGAGCGAAAUCCAGUUGAGAAGAGCCAAGCUGCAGAAGAGUAAGAGUGCGGCAACUCUUCCCAACGAAAACCAAGAUGGCCAAUAUCCGUGGAUUUCUAAUCAGAGCUCCACUCCCGCUUUGGUGGACAGCCCUUUCACAAACACUUACAAAGAUAACUUGAAGGAAGCACAAGCUCGGGUACUUAAAGCCACUUCCUUCAGGAGGAAAGAUCUGGAACCAGUUUUAGUGGAACACCCAUCAGCCGAAGCCAUACCCAGUUACCCUUCCUCAUCAAUGGCUCGGAAAGAUCUCACUCCUCUUCCGACAUUGUCCGAGGCAGGGAUCAGUAAAUCUGGGCCUUUACGCAUUGGUGGACGUAAGCGCUUUGCAGCAGAACAGAAAGUAAGGUCCUUCUCUGACCCAGACAAAAUCCAUGAAGCUGGCGUACAAGGAGAAGAAGGUACAAACUGUUCCCUGGAUCAGCAAAACAGAAAUUUGAUUGGCCCUAGUAACAUGUCCACCAAAACUGAGAAUCUCGGUGAUUCCACAGUCAAAGGUCUUGCCGGUGAAACUGGGCCUGUACUGAAAGAGAAAAGGACAAUAGGCGACCCUCAGGGUGGACCAGCAUACUCUGUCCAGGACCAGCAACGUCUAGGCACUUUCGCGGAGUACGAGGCCAGAUGGAACAUCCAGAAGAAACCUCCAGAGACUCGAGCCUCGGGAAGAUUCAGGUCCGCCGACAACAUUCUGGACCCUGGCUCGGAUGAGCGAGUGAAACCGGACUGUUUUCACGAAAGGUCACGAUCUUCACCCUCUGCUGACUUCUAUGGGCAGGCAACUCAUGACCCUGCAUUAAAGCCGAAUCAGCAGUUUUCCAAAAUGGAAGAUAAACCCGCUGGGCAACUCAACUCUGCCUCAAGCGUCCCGGCGGACUGCAAAGUGAGAGAGAAAUCUGUUGAGUGUGAACGCGGAGCUUCUACGACAGCUACAGCCGCCGUCAACCACAGAGCGCCCGAGCCGAGCCGCUCUCAGGUCACGGACCGAGCAGAGUCUCCCGCGCCCGGAUGCCCCGAGGUCAACCACGAGGACUCGGCGCUUCCCCAAAAUCGCACCCCGAACGGCGAGGCUAAAAAGGCAGACGGCAAAGCGCGAGUCGCCAUGGAGGCUGUCCGUUCGCCUUCCCCGCAGUUUUCCCCGCAGAGACUUAGCGACAAGCCACCAGUGUCACUGAACGACCAAGACUUAAACGGGAUGGAAAACGGGACGGAAAAACCAGCCGGAGCGGUGAAGAAAGUGCCCGUCAGGAUCGUACAGUCGGAGGGAACGGCAAACGAGGCGUCCACGGCCAGAACUGGCGGUCCCGAUAUUAGCAAGCUCGGCAGUUUGGGAGCCGGCGGGCAGGACUCGGUCUUCAGUGCUUUCACUCGGCAGAAAGAACCCGACGAGCCGGUGAAGGACACCGCACCGAUAAUCUCAGAGGAGCGGAAGAGGGAAGAAUUGGCUCGAGACAUCAUGGACAAGGACAAGUCGCUGGCGGACAUCCUGGAUCAGAGCAAGAUGAAGACCACUAUGGACCUGAUGGAGGGUUUGUUUCCUCAAGGCGAGCAGGUGCUGGAAGGAGCUCACCAACGUCGGAAAGCACCAGUCAAACCCCCGAAUUCCACCAGGCACGCUGAGGAAAGGGAGAAGCAGGACAACAUGGCAGCAGCAGUCGCCAUGGUGACCAGCUCUACGUAUUACAGCACGUCCGCCCCCAAAGCCGAGCUUCUCAUCAAGAUGAAAGACAUGCAGGAGCAGAACGAGGACUACGGUGACUCAGAGGAUGAACUGGACUUGGAUCUGGCCAAUAAGAAGCAAGAGCUGAUGGACAGCCUGAGCAAAAAGCUGCAGGUUCUGCGCGAAGCCCGCCAAAGCCUACAGGAGGACGUGCUCGACAACAACGCGCUGGGAGAUGAGGUGGAGGCGCGCGUCCAGCAGGUGUGCAAGCCCAACGAGCUGGACAAAUUUCGGAUGUUCGUAGGCGACCUGGACAAAGUCGUGAGCCUUCUUCUGUCGUUAUCGGGUCGCCUGGCCCGAGUGGAGAACGCCCUCAACAGUUUGGACGAGGAAGCCACACCAGAAGAGAGACGCACGCUAACAGAGAAGCGCAAGCUCCUCAUCCGCCAGCACGAAGACGCCAAGGAGCUGAAGGACAACCUGGACCGUCGGGAGCGGGCCGUCUACGACAUCCUGGCGAGCUACCUGCCCGAGGACGGCAUGGCCGACUACGAGCACUUUGUCAAGAUGAAGUCGGCGCUCAUCAUCGAGCAGCGCAAGCUGGAGGACAAAAUCAAACUGGGCGAAGAGCAGCUCAAGUGCCUGCUGGACAGCCUGCCUAUCGAGCAACGCUUGGCCCUUUGACGUGCUAGCGGCCACCGGGGGGCGCUGCAGACUUAGGUAUUUCAGCGGAAUUCACUCUUAAGAAAGAUGCUGCAUUUUUUCCAGCACCUAUGUUGAGUACAGUGAACCUUGUGGAUACAUUCCAGACUCCAGCAUUUACUUGUGAGGUUAAAUAUGAGUGACCUUAACUUAUUGGCUGCCAUUGACAGCGAUAGACGUCCAAUAAUUUUGAACUCUCCUAGUUCAAAUAAAUUAGACGUCUUUCGUCAUUGAUGGAAUUUAACCCAUUGAUGCCUGAAUUUACAUUUAAAAAAUAAUAAAUAUAUAUAUAUAUAUAUAUAUAUAUAUAUAUAUAUA